UUACGACAGCCGGUAGUGGCUUUGCGGCCCGCCCGCUUGCCGUACGGCGAGCCGGCGCCCUCCGGGACCUCGGCCCGGCGAUCGCCAGUGCGCGGGGCCGGGGCCGGGGCGGCCAUGGCCAGUACAAUGGUGGCGGUUGGCCUGACCAUAGCGGCAGCUGGAUUUGCAGGUCGCUAUGCACUAAAAGCUAUGAAGCAAAUGGAGCCACAAGUAAAACAAGCACUUCAGAAUCUACCAAAACCUGCCUUCAGUGGUUAUUACAGAGGUGGAUUUGAACCCAAAAUGACUAAACGAGAAGCAGCUUUAAUACUAGGAGUGAGCCCUACAGCCAACAGAAGUAAAAUUAGAGAAGCUCAUAGACGGAUCAUGCUUCUGAAUCAUCCAGAUAAAGGUGGCUCCCCGUAUGUAGCAGCCAAAAUCAAUGAAGCUAAAGAUUUACUGGAGGACCAAGCUAAAAAAUGAAUGAGAGAGAAAAUCAGAGGGUUUGUCCAUGCAAAUGAUUAUUUUUGAUAAAUCGCUGAAGAAAAGUUAUAAUGUCAGUCUUUGACUUAAUAUAAAUGAGCUGCAAAUAUGAAUUCAGGGAGGUACUUCCCUCCCCACUCACUUCUUAGUCACUUUUGGGGGAAACGUGUGAGGGAGUGAGGCUUAAAAGUUUUUUGCAUAGCUGUUUGUUAUUAAGCAGCAAAAUCUGCCACUCGGAAAUAUUUUCAGUGUAAAAAGAAUAAUAACUGGGUUGGGCCAAUGCAUGUUACCAGAUACAGGUAGACAGACUUACAUGCUGUUACCUAAUUUUUGUUAAACUAGCUAUGUUUGAAGUUCACACUGCUGUUCUUUCAUAUGCCAAAGCCAGCAUCAUGAAUUGGUUUGGGGAGGGGGUGCAAAAAAAGAAGAGGAUUUAUUUGAUGGGAAGAAUUGAGACAGAUGUGUGGUUGUCUCUGACUGAAGAAAUAAAGUACAGGAAACAAUGUA